UAAUCUCGGGGCUAUCUAGCUAGAUUAACGUCGUGUACAUCAGUUGUAGGCUCAUCGCUGUCACGUUCGUGUCAUCGAGUAAUCGCAACUUCUGACAGUUCUAAAUAUCAUUUUUGCGAUGAACAACUUGUACAUAAUUUUUACAACUCUCAUAGGCUUAUACGAAGUAACUGCGUCUGAUGACUGGUCAUAUUCGGGUGAUCAUGGCCCGGAACAUUGGCCAGGCCUGUGCACGACUGGAAAGAGACAAUCGCCGAUAAAUAUUGCUACCGAAGAUAUCGUUAAAACUGAUCUUGGUCCACUUAAAUUCAUAAGAUACAAUACUGGAUUUAACGGCAAAAUCACGAACAAUGGCCAUUCCGUACAAAUUCGAUUGUACGGUGCACCAAUUCAUCUCGAAGGAGCAAAUCUUCCAUCUACAUAUAUUUUGGAGCAAUUACACUUCCACUGGCCCGCUGAACACACCAUAAAUGGCAUCCGGGACGCAUUAGAAUUACAUUUUGUUCAUUAUGACGAACAAUAUGGCAACGCGAAUAUGGCAUCACAACAUAAAAAUGGCAUUGCCGUAGUUGCUACCUUAUUCGAGUUAAAUAGCGAUGACAAUUUGGAUAUAAUGGCAAUUUUGGAAGCAGUGGAAUUAGUAUCUAACGCAGUCGGAAAAACUACGGCUUUGAUGGGAACCAAGAUUAUUCCUUAUCGCUUUUUACCAAAAAAUCAUACGACGUAUUACCAUUAUGACGGAUCGUUAACUACUCCUGGAUGCCAGGAAAUUGUCAUGUGGUAUAUUCUUGCCGACAAACUUACGUUAUCAGAGCAGCAGUUAAGCAUCUUUAGAAGUGUUGGAACAAACAACGGUACACUGAUCUUCAAUCACAGACCAACGCAGAGUGUCGGAGAAAGGACAGUUUAUCAUCAUUUGGACGGAUAUUCUGCCGCGACAACCCAUUUGAGCAAUUUACUGAACGUGUGCUUUAGUCUCUUACUAACCAAAUUGUUAUAUUUCAAAUAAUUCCAGUUAACUUCACCUGUGAAUUUAGAAUUAUCUAAUCGCAUAAAAUGUGAUCGAUAUAUCGUUGACAUAGCAAUAAUGAGAGGGGGCAAGAUAGGGGAAAGGAGAGUUCGGAUGAAGCGAAGGAGGAGGAAGAUGAAUUAAGAGGUAGAAAAACAAAUAAGGAAACUGGUCCGUAUGAGUACUAUUAUGCGUUUCCAUAAUGAUUCGUGACUGUUCACAAGUAACACAAGAUUUGGUUCUAAAAUGGUCCGUCUGAUUUAAUCGUAAAUAUACGGUAACUUUUAUAUGGAUUUUCGGAAUGGUUUCAUAUUUUACUAUAUUAUAAUCACGACUGUUGUGUCACAUUAUAGUGCUGACAAAAUUUCAAAAUGUUUCGUAUAAUGCACGUAGUAUAUUCGUAACAAAGUUAUAUCGUAAGCGUUCGACGUGUACACGAGUAAGAUUCAGUGACAUAUAACAAUAAAUCAAAUGUACGCGACAGUGAAGCAAGUCAUUAUAUGUGUAGAGCAUAUGAGAAUGAAUAAUACAACCGCGUUGUAUAUAAUUAGUGAUGUGAUAAACGACAUGUGUACAUAAUGUAUAUCUUUGUAAAUGAUUUUAUGUUUAACAAAAA